AUGGCGGCAGGAGCAGCAAGAGCAGGCGUGUCGGCCUUGGCGUGGCUCCUGGCAGCCGCCGUGGCGGCGGCGCUGGUGGCCUCGGCGUCGGCGCAGUCCGGGUGCACGACCACGCUCAUCAGCCUGUACCCGUGCCUCAACUACAUCAGCGGCAACGUGUCGGCGCCGCCGUCGUCGUGCUGCUCGCAGCUCGCCAGCGUCGUGCAAACCAACCCGCAGUGCCUCUGCGCCGCGCUCAGCGGCGACUCCUCGUCACUCGGCGGCGUCACCAUCGACAAGACGCGCGCGCUCGAGCUCCCCCAGGCGUGCAAUGUCAAGACCCCGCCGGCGAGCAAGUGCAACUCUGCUGGCGGCGGCGGCGCUCCGGGCGCAGCGACGCCGGCCACGCCAUCGUCCGGCGUACCAGUGACCGCAGGGACUGAUGCAGGAACCGGCACUGGAUCGAAGACCACGCCGACGGCGCCGUACCUUACGUCCGGCGGUGCGUCGAUCCGCGGGGCGGUGAGCCUGGUGCUAGCAGUCGCGGCUGUCGCCGUCUAUGCCAUCUCGGCCGUGUGA